AUGGAAGCCAUCAAUACCAUGGCGAGCGCUGCAACCAAGGCCAUAUGGGGAACAAAUGAGGCUAAGGAAGAGCCUGUCUCUGGCGUAUCCGGAAAUACCAGCAAUGGCGAACCUUAUGACGCCGGCAACAUCGAGAAUCCCUCCAAGAAAGCCGGCAUUGCGGACGACGCUCGCACGGCGCCUGAAAAGGUUACGUCGACAACCGCCUCUGCCGUGUCCGAAGAGACAUCUGCCACGACCGAAGACACCGUCAAACAUAAAGAUCAAAUCGGCAAACCUGAACUGAAAGAACACUCCGCAGAUGAUGCAGCUCCGCAUGACAGUGCCGCCGGCAAAACUGACACAAGGUCCCCGACUGACCCAGCUACCGACCCGAAACCCAAGGGUCAAGAUGUCAGUACUUCAGGGACAGGCCCCGCGAAUGAGGGCGACAAGCUCGACGGACCUGGCCCGAAGCCGUUGGAGGCGGUGGCCAAAGAACGUGGAGGCGACGCCGGUAGAGUGGAGGGCGCAUCGGGCGAUGGCGGUCUUGCCGGCGAUGCAGCAGCGGAUGAUGAGGAUGGUCCCCAGAAGAAGAGUCAUGGCGAAGGUACUGGAGAGAAAUAUGUGAAGAGUACCGGUCUAGCCGCUGAUGGUGGUGACUUUGACGCAACCAAGCCUGGGGCUGGCCGGGAGGCGGAUCGCCUGAUGGACGAGAAAGACCCUGCUGCUGCCGCCGCAAAGGCUGCCGCCGCCAAGCCGGGUCAACACGACAAGACCAGCAGUAGCGAAGAGCGAACUCACAGUCCCGGCGAUAACACAGAAAAGGAAAAGAAGAGCCUUGGAGAUAAGAUUAAGGCCAAGCUGCACCGUCACUAA